AUACUUGUUGUUCUCAGUGUCCUGCUCACUGUCUCCAGCGCCAGAGUCCUUUCAAGAUGUGAAUUUGCUCGCAUUGUAAAGAAUUCCAUCCUGGCUGAAUUCCCCAAAUACAGUGUGGCUGACUGGGUGUGCAUGGCCCACUAUGAGAGUCAAUACAACACACUUGCAAAAUACGACGAGAGAGGAAAUAAUGGAGAAAUCCAGUCAGGAGACUAUGGGAUCUUUCAGAUCAGCAGUAAAUGGUGGUGCUCAGAUGUAAUGUUUCCAAAUGGUCCCAAUGGCUGUAACAUGAACUGUAACUUUUUCCUCCACAAUGACGCAAACAUAGAACCUGACAUCAAUUGUGCAGCAAUAAUAGUGAAUCAACAAGGAAUGGAGGCCUG